AUGUCGGAUUGUCAAGAGUUGAGUACCAAUUUGCAAUCCUGUUUUGGCCAACUGGAAACAACACAUCCGACCCAAGAAUUCAAGACUGGAAUUUCAUCGAGCCAAUGGUUGUCCGUAAUAUACCAUUAGUUGCAGAGCAGUACAAUAUGACUUAUUACAUGUUUUCUGUUUAUGAACUUGUGUACAUUAACAUUGAUAAUAGUUCUAAACUUGUCAAUGUGCCAUCGUUUGGACUGACAUUGACGUUCAGGACGAACCAAACGUGCUGUCGGGAUGCGUUUGAGGAAACCAUGGUGGCGUUGUUGGGGGAUGUUUGGUCGAUGGAGUUUAAUGGUUCAGUGUUUCAGUUUCGACUCUCUCAGGAUGAUUUUAAUACUUAUGGCGUAUCAAAGAGACAGUUGUACAAGAUGCAUCCUCCCUUCACCAGUCCACAGAAGACGGAAACGUACGAUAGCUUCCCGUCGGAGUUUGUUGAAACGCCUAAAGACUUUGUUUAUUUUCCUACGGUUUUGCCAAAAUGUUCGUAUGUUCAAUUCUCCACGAAUGAAUUUAACUGGAACACUGAUUCAUCUAUCUCCCUUCGGUACGUUGACAUAACAAUAGAUCAUGAUAAAUUAAUCAAAAUAGACGAUCAAGAUAUAAUAAUAUGUGUUGACACGAUAGAAGAGGUGUAUUCCAACUACCAAGAUCCAGUCAAACUCGCUAAAACUAUUUUAACGAUAGUUUUCUCUAUUCUGUCCUUGAUCUGUUUGGCCUUGACUUUCAUCACAUACUGUACGUUCCCUUCCCUUCUUACCCUGCCGACGAAGAAUACGAUGUGUCUGGUCGGGUUUCUGUUCUUGGCUCAGUUGCUGCUUUUGUUAAAGGAUGUACCCCUCCGGAAUGAAACAGCUUGCAAAAUAUUUGGCGUUCUCCUACAUUACUUGUGGCUGACAGUUAUACUGUGGAUGAACGUCUGCUCCUAUCACAUGUUCCACGUCUUCGUCGUGGAUGCUGCAAAACCGAUUGGUACCCAAAGUCAUCGUAGUCGUCUUGUGAAAUACUCUCUCUAUGCCAAUGGAUUGUCUCUUCUCAUUGUUCUCAUAACAAUAUUUUCCAAUCUCGGCAUGUCUUCCGGAAGCCAUAUCGGCUAUGGUGUAAACACCUGCUAUCUGAGUACGUCUCUUCUCGUCGGUGUUGCUUUUGUGGCUCCUCUAAGUAUCGUCCUCGUCAUGAACAUCAUAUUCUUCAGCGUCAGUGUCUGGACAAUGGCCAAGAUCAACAAAAUGAGUGCAAGUAUUGGGUCCGACAAGAGUCAGGUGCACAUCUACAUUAAGUUAUCCACACUGACUGGGAUCUUUUGGAUCUUGGCGAUCCUCGGCGAAGUUCUCCAGCAACAAGUCCUCAUUUUCAUCUCCAUUGUCCUGAACGCUGGUCAGGGUAUAUUCAUCUUUAUCUCCUACGCUGCAAACAAAAGGGUUCUUCAACUGUGGAGGGGAAAAAAUUAACAUCCAACACUUCAUAUAUCCUACCAAGAGUCCAUCUCCUAAUCAAACGAAGAAUACAAACUUAUGAAGGACAAGGCGAAAUGUUUUUUUAUUGCCCCAGAUUUCUGGACAUAUAUCACUUUUACUUAAUAAUGCCGUGAUAUUUCAAACUAUGUAGAAGAGAUAUUGAAACCUGCAUGUGUCAUUGAUAAAGGAAUAUAUUUCCUGGAAAGGGUCAACGAAACUAUUACGCUCAUGUAGUGUUAUUAUAUUAUACUGUUAAUAUUCUUUCGCCCAAAUAUUUGUAAAUAUACAAUGUCCACGCCAGAUAAACCGACCGAUAGUGUUUAGCCCAUACUUCGAAUACUUUCCAUUUACCAUCCAUAUAGCAUACGUAUAGUAGUUGUGACACCCCUUUCCCCACGCUCUAAAUCUAACUAUUGUGUGUUCUUAGAAAUCACACUGUUUGUUUACUGUUAAAAUCGUUAAUGGCAUCUACAAAUAUACAGAGAGAAACAAAUAAAGGAACACAGGAAAAUUCAAGUGUUCUUUUAAUAUUUUCCAGUUUCCUUCACCAGCUUUGAA